UUUUUACUUUUUGUUUUUUGUAUUUUAUUGGGUUUUUAAGAAUGUAAAGUUUGUGAAUUAUGAUCAAAAUUUUAUCAGAAAAAGACCCACCAACAAACGGUGGUGAUUGUGACUUGGACUGAAUUAGUGGAGAAUGAACGGUGAUGAUCAAAGAGUUGACUCAUCAUGGGUCCCACAAAGUGUAUUACUGUAGCUGGGGCUACACCAGAAAAUGCUAAUAUACAUUGAAUCCCCUUUAUAAUACUAUUCAAAUAUUAUUUUAUUUAUUUUAGUUAUCUGUGUUUUGAUUUGUUUGGUGGUUAUUUAUUGAUAUAGUUGAGCUCAAAUUCCCUUUUCCAACAUCUGGGUAACUUUCUCUCUCUUAUUUGGAUGGAAAAUAGGGCUCAAAGCUGACAAAAAGGAUUCUAGGCAACCCUAAAUCUGGUUUGACGAUCAGCUGGAACUGUGCUUGAUAAGAAUUUAAAGAUGAAUGUAAAAGAUAGGCCGAAUUCAGAAAACUGGAUAAAGCCUUCAGCUUUCAGGAAUGAAGUCCAGCAAAACUCAUCUUUGAACAAUCAGUCAUUCACCUCUUUUAGUUCUCAGGAGCAGUCGAAAUGGGAAGAUCCUUCUAUACUUGAUUACAGCAUGAGAAUAGACCCUUCAUUCUCUAAAUUCAACCAAUCUUCUGGGAACUCAUCUUUGCUUGUUGGCAAUCCUAGUAACCAGGCCAAACUUCCUAACCAAGAAGGGAUUCAAAUGAAUCAGAUGCUUGAUGAUGGUAAUUGGGAUCCAAGAGCAAUGCUCAAUAAUCUUUCUUUCUUGGAACAGAAAAUCCACCAGCUGCAAGAGCUAGUCCAUAUGAUCGUUGAGCGAAGGACUCAAUUUCCUCCCAACCAAGAUGAACUUGUUAUUCAGCAGCAGCAGCUUAUCACAGCUGAUCUGACUUCCAUUAUAGUCCAGUUGAUAUCAACAGCUGGUAGUCUUCUUCCAUCCAUGAAGCAUAACCUCUCUGCUGCUAAUCCUUCUGGCUUGCAACUUAGUCGGGUGCUUUUCCCUUCCCAAAACAAUGAAGCACCAGCACAGCGAGCUGUAAGUGAUGUUAAACCCGUGGAGCAGCCGAACCAGGUGGAUGUAAUGGCGAAGUGUGUCCCUGAAAUGAACGCAAACAUGGAAGAAGAUCACGAACUAAAAGAUGAUGAUGAUGGCAAGGAAGAAGAGCAUCUUCCUCCUGGAUCAUAUGAAAUCUUGCAAUUAGAAAAAGAAGAAAUUCUUGCUCCACAUACCCACUUUUGUACCAUUUGUGGGAAGGGGUUCAAAAGAGAUGCUAAUUUGAGGAUGCACAUGAGAGGUCAUGGCGAUGAGUACAAAACUCCGGCUGCUCUGGCAAAACCUAAUAAGGAGUGUAGCUCUGAAAAGGUGCUUCUGAAGCGGUAUUCUUGCCCUUUUGUUGGUUGCAAGAGGAACAAGGAGCAUAAAAAGUUUCAGCCAUUAAAAACUAUAUUGUGUGUGAAAAAUCAUUAUAAGAGAACUCACUGUGAUAAGAGUUAUAUUUGUAGCAGAUGCCAUACCAAGAAAUUCUCUGUUAUUGCUGAUCUCAAGACUCAUGAAAAGCAUUGUGGUAGAGAUAAAUGGUUGUGUUCUUGUGGCACAACUUUCUCUCGAAAAGACAAACUUUUUGGGCAUAUUGCUCUUUUUCAGGGUCAUACUCCUGCCAUCCCUUCUGAAGAACAUAAAGGAACAUCUGGGCUGUCAAAUCAUGCAGAAAACAGUGAUUCAACAAACAACGUUGCAAUUAUGGGAUUUAGCUUUGGCUCCAAUGAUGUUGAUGGAAAUGGUACCCAGCAUAUGAUGGACGUAAAGGAGAAUAGUGUUGAAGAUCCUUUCUUCUCUCUGCUAAACUAUGAGUAUAGUCUUGGCGGGCUUCAAGAUUUUCCACAAACCAAUUUUGAUGAUUCGCCAAGUUCGUUUUCGUUCCUUAUGUCUGAAGAAAAGGACGGGAUGGUGUCCGGUAGUCAUGAAGUUGAUUAGUUAGUAUUGGUUGGUAUUUUUAAGUUUCUUGUGUAGUGGAGCUUCUACCAUCCUGACUUGUUCCCAAAUUGGAUGGACUCAAGCUCCUGUAAUUUCUUAGUUUAAAUAAAUGCUUUAUAUAUGACCAUUGCACAUUA